ACAGAAAAUCAAGCUGGCAAUGGGCAAAUAGGGUUCUUCUGCCAAGGGGUUAGCAAGCAGUUACUGAGAAAGACAUGGACAGCAGCCAUCGCCAGAAGAGUAUUUCUCAGCACGGGGGAAUGACAAUCAAGAAAAAUGUCCUGAAUCAGAAGUGAGGACAUGGAUUAACUAUUUAGAGUUUCUGGCUUGGAUCUUCAGAUAGUAAGGUAUUCUACUAGGAGAGUUUCCAUGUCUUUCUUAUGAGCUGUUGUGAGAUACCUUUGCACUGAAAGUUUUCAGUUCCUGCAUCUGGUGGCACAAAUGAAAUGUUGUGACACUACUGUAUGCUGUUCUUCACAUGAGACACAGCUUGAAAUAUUUUGAUAAAAUGAGAUGCUUGCGGAAAAGAUCAGCAGUGUCAUUCUUAGGAGUCCUUGUCGUUUGCUUGCUGUUCAUGAACUUGUACAUUGAAGACGGUUACGUUCUGGAAGGGGACAAGCAAUUAAUCAGAGAAACAGCCACACACCAGCUCAACCCAGAGCGUUAUGUUCACAGUUUUAAAGAUUUGUCUAAUUUCUCAGGAUCUAUAAACAUUUCCUAUCGCUUCUUAGCUGGCACACCUUUGCCAAGGAAAAGGUAUCUUACAAUUGGAUUAUCCUCUGUAAAACGGAAAAAGGGAAAUUACUUGCUUGAGACCAUCAAGUCCAUAUUUGAACAGUCAAGCUAUGAGGAACUCAAAGAAAUCGCAGUGGUAGUACAGCUGGCAGAUUUUGACUCAGCCUGGUGUGAAGGGAUGGUUCAGGAUAUUUCACAGAAAUUUGCACAUCAUAUAAUUGCAGGCAGAUUAAUAGUUAUUCACGUCCCUGAGGAUUAUUAUCCUGUACUGGAUGGCCUCAAAAGAAAUUACAAUGACCCAGAGGACCGUGUGAAGUUUCGAUCAAAACAAAAUGUAGAUUACGCUUUCCUUCUAAACUUUUGUGCUAAUCUUUCUGACUAUUAUGUGAUGCUAGAAGAUGAUGUUCGCUGCUCAAAGAAUUUUUUGACUGCUGUUAAGAAAGUAAUUACCUCACGAGAAGGAUCCUACUGGGUGACUUUGGAAUUCUCUAAACUGGGAUACAUUGGAAAGCUUUACCAUUCUCAUGACCUCCCACGACUGGCUCACUUUCUGUUGAUGUUUUACCAAGAAAUGCCUUGUGAUUGGCUACUCAUCCACUUUCGUGGGCUGUUAGCUCAAAAGGAAGUGAUACGUUUUAAGCCAUCUCUGUUCCAACACAUGGGAUACUACUCAUCUUACAAAGGAGCUGAAAACAAGUUAAAGGAUGAUGAUUUCGAAGAGGAAUCAUUUGAUAUCCCUGACAACCCACCUGCAAACUUGCACACCAACAUGAAUGUAUUUGAAAACUAUGAGGCAAGCAAGGCUUACAGCAGCAUUGAUGAGUAUUUUUGGGGCAAAGCUCCUUCUAGUGGAGACUUCUAUGGAAUUGUAUUUGAAAAGCCCAUUAAAAUCAGCAAAAUUAAAGUUGUCACUGGAACUGAAGAUCGGCAAAAUGACAUUUUACAUCAUGGAGCCCUGGAAGUAGGAGAAAAGAUUGUAGGCAAUAAAAAAGGGAGACAAUGUACAACUUACUUGAGACUAGGGGAGUUCAAAAAUGGGAAUUUUGAAAUAACAGAUGUAGAGCACAAAGUUCUGUUUGAUGUUAACUGCAUGAGAAUACUUGUUACCAAAAGUCAAAAAGAAUGGCUGAUCAUUAGGAGCAUUAGCGUCUGGACUUCUCAAACACAAAAUCAGUAAAGCAAAGACACCCGAGCAGGUACAGAGUGCACACAGUCACCUGGGUCCCAACUGGUGCUGUAGCCCAGAAAAACUGACCCUUAAAACUCUUCACUAAAGACAUAGAAAAUCUGGGGAAAUAUCAAAACAAGUAAAGCAAUUUAUUUUUUACUAGUUUGGUCAGGCAAUAUACAAACAUUUAUUUGCUGGAAAUUUUGAAUUUUAUAAGAGAUCUUUAAACACUUUUUUUAUUAUUAUUUCUCUGUAAGAGAGAUCUUGUGGACCAUACAGAACAAAAAAACCACCCUAUAAUUGCCAAAAAGUUUAAAUCUAUGACCAAUAUGUUGUGAACAGAAACUGGAUUGCACCUUAUGCACAUAAAAAUUUAAAAUCUUAUGAUAGUAUGCAUUUGUACUGCAGUUGGUGAUGUUUUUCUUUUACAGGCAGUUGUGACAAGGAAAUCUGUCUUGAAACUGGCAGUUUCCUUCUGAGCACUGUAAAAAAAUAGCGUGGCUAAUCAUUGCAACUUCUUUUCAAAAGGGAAUGUAUGUAAAAUUAUAAAUCUGACAUGACAAUUAUGUAAAAAAAUAGAUAAUUGCGUCAGUUAUUCUGUCUCAACAAAUAUCCUUUGUUCUUUUUUCUGGGUCCUUUCACUGAAAUUAGUAGUACUUGAAUUCUAUAUUAUUUAGGGGACCAAUUUACUUUUCUUACUCAAACAAAAUGCCUCACAGUAAGCAAGGUUUCUGCUUGAGUACUGAUGUCACUAUCAAACCCAAGCACCUAAAAGGCAGCACUGUUCUCUUAGGCAUCUUAACAGAUCUCAGCUUCAGCAUUUUUUGUUCCUUCAUAAUAUGUAGAACUCUCCCUGAGACAUCUGCAUAUAGCUGAAUACUACAGUAUACUUUUAACAUAUGCCUUCCCUAUCUACAUGUCCAGUUCAUGUAUGCUACAAAUCUAAACUGUACUAGGUUAAUCAACUGGAGAUCAAUGUAAGCUCCAAUCUGCUCUGAGUGAUUUAUAGUCAGUAGAAGAGACACAAAAUGAAUAAUUCUUAUUCAAUGAGAAAUUAUUACCCUCCUAAAUUAGUUUGUUGGGGUUUUU